AUGAAAAAGCAACAUGUCAAUAUUUCUAUACCCAAAGAAGUUGUUGUUGAGAUAUUACGAAGAGUACCUUGCCAAGAUUUGUGUGAAACAUUAAAGAAAGUAUGUAUGCAGUGGUGUUCGAUUAUCUAUAGUGGGAGUUUUGCCUACUCACACGUUGAACGCGGAAUAUUAAAAUCAUCAUCAUCAUUCUCACAAUUGGAAGCAGUACUUAUUGACAAGACAGAUGAUACACGUUCCGUCACAGUUUCUGCCUUGGAAUGGCACAGGAGUUUUCCAAACUAUCCUCACCGAGAACAUGAAGAAGAAUGGGAGAUUACAUACAUGUAUACAUUAGAUUAUGAAUUGUACUACAUAACACAUAUGAUGACGGUGAAUUCUGUGAAUGGUUUCGUCUGUUUCUGGAGUUCCAAUGCUCGUGUUUAUGUCUGCAAUCCUAUGACUGAAGAGUAUUUCGCGACUCCACCAUAUACAUAUGAAACUAGUUAUCUUCCACACCGUCUUGCUGCAGUUGGCUUCGGGUUUUGCCAGCUUUCAUAUGAAUACAAGGUGAUUGUUUUUCGUGAUGAUAGUGCAAGAUUAAUGGAAUAUGGUGAGAUGAAACCAUUAGUUUUUACUGUUGGAAUUGACCGUUCGUGGAGGUCUCUGAAUAAAAUUCCUGAUAGAAAAUUUCUUUCUAGAAUUGAGAAGGGUACACAUGUGAAGGGGGUAUUAUAUUGGUACACUCUUCAAGAUAGUAAGAGAUUUAAAAGCCUCUUAUGUUUUGAUGUGUCUAAAGAAGAAGUUUUUACGACUAUGGUUCCAGCUGAACUUAAUAGCCUAGAAGAAGGAGGACGGUCUAUAACUAGGAUAGCAGAAAAAGGAGGAAACCUUUGCUUGAUAAACAUAAGUUAUGGUCCCAUUUACUCCCUCUUGAUCAAGGUAUAUAUUGCGCAUACUAGUACUGAUUUGAGUAGCUUAAAUUCAUGGAAGAAAGAGUUCAAUGUGACUGUUCCUAAUAUGGCUUACCAAAUAAAUAUGACGUGGUGGUUCAUCUCAAUUUUUACUGAUGACAUGUUGGUGAUUGAUAUUAAAGGUGAGAGUGAAAUCGUUAUUGAUGUAGCAACGGGAAUGUUGUUGAGUGAACUUUCUCUCCGUGGCUCUGGAAUUGUUAUCCAUUAUGUACCAAGUUUGGUUUCUCUUUCCCAUCGCCCACCAAUUUUGAACUCAAAUUUUAGGUAG